CUAAUGAAAUUUUCACUUAGUAAAUCUGCUACUCAGGUAUCUGCUAUAGGCGUGGAUUCAAAAGUGGAUGACCAUUUAAUGCUAGGGAUUGAGAAAAGCAGGUUGGAACCAGUGACUCAGUCAUUUCAAAACACCAAGAAAACAAGGUAAGAAGACAUGGACCAAGAACAUUUUCAAACUGAAGGGACUGGCACAGGAUCUCUUUCAGAGAAAGCCUUGGGUUCAGUGGUACAUGUUAAAGAAAGCAACAGAAUAGAAAUGACAAAUGUGGAGUGA